AUGGAGCAAAUCGAGUUUCGUGCUGUCAUCAAAUUCCUUACCAAGCAAGGAAAACCUCCUCAAACUAUUAUGAAUGAGAUGGAAACUGUUUAUGGGGAUCAGUGCCCUGGUAAAACAAUGAUUUACAAGUGGCACGGUCUUUUCAAACAUGGCAGAGAAUCAAUUGAAGGCGAUCCUCGCCCAGGACGGCCAGUUGAGGCCACCACAUCAGACAAUGUUGAAAAAAUCGAAAAAUUUAUAUUGGAAGAUGCCCGUCUGAAGAAGAAACAGCUGUCUGCAUUAGUAGGAGUAUCAGAUACUACCAUUUUGAGGAUCCUACACGAUCAUCUUGGCAUGACGAAAGUCAGUGCAAGAUGGGUGCCGAGAAUGCUCACGCCGCCUCAAAAGCAACAAAGAAUCGAUGCAUCAAAGCACUUCUUGGAGCUGUGUGGCGCAGAACCUACCCCAGUUUUGUAUGGCAUAAAAAGGGGGGUCAAUAUAACGGGAGAAUAUUGCGCAAGAAUAUUAGAGAGACUGAAGGAAGCUGUCAAAGAAAAAAGGCGGGGAAAAUGGACAAAGGGUGUGUUGCUUUUGCAAGACAACGACGCACCGGUUCACAAGAGCAAUGUUGCGAUGGCUGCUCUACACAAGUGUGGCUUUCAAUCGCUGACCCACCCACCUUACAGCCCGGACCUAGCCCCCAGCGAUUAA